AUGUCUGGAGCCUACGACGAGUCCGCCGGCCAGGACGAGACCACAGACAGCUUCUGGGAGGUUGGGAACUACAAACGCACAGUGAAGCGGAUUGAUGAUGGUCACCGGCUCUGCAAUGACCUGAUGAACUGCAUCCAGGAGCGUGCCAAAAUCGAGAAAGCCUACGCACAGCAGCUGACCGAGUGGUCCAAGAGAUGGAGACAGCUGAUAGACAAAGGGCCUCAGUACGGCUCAGUAGAGCGAGCUUGGGUGGCGGUGAUGACGGAGGCGGAGAAGGUGAGCGAGCUUCACCAGGAAGUGAGAAACAGCCUGGUCAACAAGGACUUUGAGAAGGUGAAGAACUGGCAGAAAGACUCCUAUCACAAACAGAUGAUGGGAGGAUUCAAGGAAACCAAAGAGGCAGAGGAGGGCUUCAAGAAGGCCCAGAAACCCUGGGCCAAAAAGCUAAAAGAGCUCGAAGCUGCCAAGAAGUCCUUCCACAUGGCCUGCAAAGAGGAGAAGCUGGCGUCCAUCAGAGAGGCCAACAGCAAGGGAGAGGCCUCUGUGACCGCUGACCAGCAGAAGAAACUGCACGAGAAAGUGGACAAGUGCAAACAGGACUCCCAGAAGGCCAGGGAGAAGUAUGAGAAGGCCCUGGACGAGCUGAGUAAGUGCACGCCGCAGUACAUGGAAAGCAUGGAGCAGAUGUUCGAUCAGUGCCAGCAGUUUGAAGAGAAGAGGCUGAGCUUCCUCAGGGAGGUGCUGUUGGACGUCAAAGGCCACCUCAACCUCACAGAAGACGAAAGUUACGCUACAGUAUACAGAGAACUCGAACGCACCAUCACAUCAGCCAGCGCGCAGGAAGACCUGAAGUGGUUCAGCAACACCCACGGCCCCGGCAUGCAUAUGAACUGGCCGCAGUUUGAGGAGUACAACCCAGAUCUUACCCAUAACAUCACCAAGAAAGAAAAGGCAAAGAAAGGUGAUGGGGUCAUGCUGACUAACAUCACAACAGCGGUCGAUUAUGCUCAGGCUGGAGACCGGGGAAGAUACACAAUAUAUGCCUGCCCUAUAAUAGAACUACACACACUGAAACAACAUAAAACUUGCAAGGUGGUGUUAGAACAUCAUGACAUUUUGCUCGCAGCAGUGAUUAUGAAUGUUCUGCUGAAAUGUGCGAUGUUCAGUGUCAGCAGCUACGAGAAGAACCAGGCGCACACGGCCUCCACAGAGUGGUCGGACGACGACCAGACGGCCCCGAACUCAGGCAACGACACCAACGGGGGGUCGAACCCCUUCUCCGAAGACGUGUCCAAAGGCGUGAGAGUGAGGGCGCUGUACGACUAUGAAGGCCAGGAGCAGGACGAGCUCACCUUCAGAGCAGGGGAAGAGCUGACGAAGCUGGAGGAGGAGGAUGAACAGGGCUGGUGUAAAGGUCGUCUCGACAACGGGCAGCUGGGUCUUUACCCGGCCAACUACGUGGAGCCGAUCUAA